GGCGGAGGAGGAGGGAGCGUGUUGGACCCCGGUCCAGGGUGAGAAUCUCAUUGAGGCAGAGGUGGCUCCUUGGACAUUUUUCGUGGCUCUUCCCCACCCAGGUUUCCAUACCUGGAUUGUCAAUGAGGGCUCAUCUUCUCCAAUGGCAGUAAGACUUGUUUACUGGGGGUCUAGGUCUCAUGGACUAAUUGGCUCUUUUUCAGCAGGCCCCUACCAGAGAAAUCAUCCUGCUAUAUAACAAGAUUUGGUUUUAAAACUGUCCUGAAAUGAUUUAAAGCAGUGUCUCAAUGUGGCAUAAUCAGGCGGCAACACACAGCUUAAGGAUUUCCUGUUAAUCCCAUAGCAGCUUGGAGGAAGCCCUUUUCCGUCCAGGAGGACUUCAUGGUGAGCAGCCACUGCUGAUGGUGGAAGAUGAGUGUCCCAUUGGCUCCUAAGAAAUCAUGUUACACUCAGUUGCAGGACAACAGAAAGGGGGCGAAAAAUAACAAUGAAAGUCUCCUACAUGUGGGUGAUACAAAUGCCAAUCAAAUCAUGGUGGAGGUCAGUCCCUCCCAUGAUGAGUCUCACACGUGUGAUCUGACAGAUGGAACUGGAAAUGCAAAUUCACGUGCACCAGAAAAUAGUACCUAUCUCCAUAAGGAAUUUCACCCACUUCAGGGAAUUGGGAAGGGGUUGCAGGCUGGCCCCAGCAGCCUGAAAGAUUUUAAAUUCUCUUCAACUGUUCGCGGGGAAUUAAAUGAAGAGUGUACAGUGCAGAGAGGCACAGCUCUCCUGCAUACCUCUUGGACUGUCCAGGGACCAAGUCUGGCAGGAUGGAGGAAUGCUAUGGGUGAGGCCAGUCCAGAUGUUUUGACUCCAAGGGACACUGAAAUUCUCUGGCAUGCUCCCAAGGAUAAAUUGGCAAAGACUCUUGACAACGAGGAACUGAGAAGGCAUGCUUUGGAAAGGGCGGGCAGCUAUGGUGUUGCAGUGGAUAUGCUCACGAAGGAGCAUGCUGGGAGCCUGACUCCACAACGUUUACAGCCUUCCCCACUGGACUUCCCUGAAGCCCUGGGUCAUAUGCCCAAGCAUGGUGAGGGGCCACAGGAGACAGUGACAGCCCACCUCCCACAGACAGCUUUUCCUCCAGUGGACAUCAUCCCAGAGGGAAAGAGUGUGCAUCAUCCUAAACCAUCUACCUCAGAAACCAAGGAGACAACCUGCUUAGAACCACAGCUGGAGGGGGCGUGUACACCAGGAGUUAGCAAUGACAGCACUUCACGUUCUGCCCAUCCACAUUGUGCUCCGACUUCAACAUCCAAGGCAGUCCCAAGUAAGCCAGAAAUACACUUAGGUCAGGAAAAGGGAGAGCCCAGGCUGGAGCUGGAAUCUGGCCCACCCUGGGCCACACAGGAAUUAAUGUCAGCCCAGGCCGAGUGUCUGAGAUGCCCCACGGAAGAUGGUGUGUUAUUCCAAGAUGGAGAGGAGCUGGGUGGGGAAGCACAGCAAGAAGCCACCCCCAGGGCAGCCAGCAGUCUGCCCCACAGCAGCAUCCACCUGCUUGGUGGGGCAGGAGGCAGGAGUGUGCAGGACAAGAAUGCCGUCCAUAUGGGAGAGCAGUGUUCUCUUCAGAGCACCCCCAGACCUGGCCCUGCUUCCUUGCAAGCUGCUGAUAAUCAGCCCCUUGGCAAAAUUUCACCAAGCACACCUAGGAAACUGGGUGAAGCUUCACACAGCAGCAUGUCACCAGGUGAUGGUCAUGUAGUUUUUAUUCCUAAUGCCCCAUCUGACAGCUGGCCCCCAGAUGUCAGUGAGGAGAAUGGGGUGCUGAGCAGUGGGAGCAGGGACAGUGCUACAGUUUUUACUUCAGAUUCUUCUGUUAGAGAGAGCAAAACUGGGGUCCCUGAGCCCCUUAACCCUCAAAGCAGCAGCUCAGAAGCAGGAGAAAGGAAAGAAGUCACUACAUGUAUUGCUGAAAAUAGGAAUCUUCUAGAAAAUACAGUUAAGACAGAAAGUUCCCCAGCAAAAACAGUUUGUCUUCUUGGUGUCCCAACCUCUGUAUACCCAGAGACAACUCUGAAUGCAGCCCACCAGCCAGCACUACCCAGUACCAGUUUCCAGGACUCGAGUAUGUUGGGUGCAGAUGUGGAGUCACCCUCAGCUGCCCCACCUCCCACUGACAGCUUGUGGUUGUUGAACACCCCCCCGAAAGUGCCUGAUAAGAACACCUGCCCCAGUGUGAUCCCCAAGUCUGUCUCCACACAUUCUGAGGAUACACCUUCUGCACAGGAGGGACUGGAGAACCACCAGGUGGAAAGAACAGAAGAAAGGACAGAACCCAAGCCCAUCAUUUUACCCAAGCCGAAGCACGUGAGGCCCAAAAUCAUCACCUACAUCAGGAGGAGUCCGCAGGCCCUCAGCCAGGUGGACACUUCACUGGUCCCAGUGGGGCUUCCUUACACUCCGCCCACAUGUAACACACCUCUUCCCAAAGAGGAGAAGGUGGCAGGUGGUGAUCUGAAGCCAGCUGCCGGCCUCUACGAGAAGUUCAGGCCAGACUUGCAGAAACCACGGGUCUUCAGUCCUGGAUUGAUGGUAUCUGGGAUCAAACCCCCAGGACACCACUUCAGUCAAAUCAGUGAAAAGUUUUUGCAGGAGGUCACAGAAUGCCCUGGAAAAGAAGAAUUUUGCCCUCCUACCUAUGCACACUAUGAAGUUCCUUCCACUUUCUACCGCUCAGCCAUGCUCCUUAAGCCCCAGUUGGGAUUGGGUGCAAUGUCCCGUUUACCAUCUGCAAAGAGCAGGAUCCUGAUCGCAAGUCAGAGGUCUUCAGCAAGUGCCAUCCACACACCGGGACCCAUAGCUACAGCUGCCAGUCUCUACAAUUCCGAUCCUACAGAUUUAAAGAAAGCUUCCAGUUCAAAUGCUGCCAAAUCCAGUCUACAGAAAUCUGGACUUCGACCUCCUGGGUAUUCACGUCUUCCAGCAGCCAAACUGGCAGCAUUUGGCUUCAUGCGGAGCUCCAGCGUGUCUUCAGUCUCCAGCACCCAGUCUGUGGACAGCGCACAGCCCGAGCAGAACAGGCUGGCCAACCGCUCAACCUUUGGGAACGAAGACCAGCCGGCCCUGAAGGCAACUCUGCCUUCCAAAGACACUCCCAAGGGAGCCGGCCGGGUAGCCCCUCCAAUAUCCUCCAGUGUGACAACACCCCGCAGGAGUUUGCUUCCAGCACCAAAAUCUGUGUCCACACCUGGAACAAAGAAAGAACUACAAAAAGAUCAAGAUUCUAAUAAGCCUGCUGUUUCAUCCCCGAAGAGAGUGGCAGCUUCAACCACCAAGCUUCACUCACCAGGAUACCCCAAGCAGAGGAGCACAGCUCCCCGGAAUGGGUUUUCCCCCAAGCCGGACCUGCAGGCCCGUGAGGCCGAACGGCAGCUGGUUCAGCGGCUCAAGGAGAGGAGUGAGCAGCAGACCAGGCACCUGGGCCUCAUGCAGGCGGAGCUGAGACGGGCCAUUCGUGGCUUCCAGGCGCUUGCGGUGUCCACUCAGCACUUCUUCGGAAAGAGUGAAAGUGCCCUUGUGAAAGGAAAAGAGCUGUCAAUCGAACUUGCAAACAUCAGGGAUGAAGUUGCCUUCAACACAGCCAAGUGUGAGAAACUACAGAAGGAGAAGGAGGAGCUGGAGAGGCGGUUUGAGGAUGAGGUGAGAAAGUUGGGCUGGCAGCAGCAGGCUGAGCUCCAGGACCUGCAAGGGCGGCUGCAGCUACAGUUCCAGGCAGAGGUGACGCGGCUUCAGGAGGAGCACAGUGCCCAGCUGCUGCGGAUCCAGCGUCAGCAUCAGGAGCAGGUAGAAGAUAUCACCACCAGCCAUGAGGCCGCCCUCCUAGAGAUGGAAAAUAACCACACGGUGGCCAUCGCAAUCCUGCAGGACGACCAUGACCACAAAAUGCAAGAACUGAUGUCUACACACGAGCUUGAAAAGAAAGACUUGGAAGACAAUUUUGAAAAGCUACGGCUGUCCUUACAGGACCAGGUAGACACGCUGACCUUCCAGAGCCAGUCUCUGCGGGACCGAGCCAGGCGUUUCGAGGAAGCUUUGAGGAAAAGCACUGAAGAGCAGCUGGAGGUAGCACUGGCUCCCUAUCAACACUUGGAAGAAGACAUGAAGAGUCUGAAGCAGGUCUUAGAGAUGAAGAAUCAGCAAAUACACCAGCAGGAAAAGAAGAUCAUUGAGCUGGAAAAGCUGGCAGAAAAGAACAUUCUCCUGGAGGAGAAGAUCCAAGUACUCCAGCAGCAGAAUGAAGAUCUCAAAGCAAGGAUUGACCAGAAUACCAUGGUCACGAGACAGCUGUCAGAGGAAAACGCCAAUCUCCAGGAGUAUGUGGAGAAAGAGACCCAGGAGAAGAAGAGGUUGAGCCGGACCAAUGAAGAGCUGCUCUGGAAGCUCCAAACUGGGGAUCCAACCAGCCCAGUUAAGCUCUCCCCGACAUCUCCUGUUUACCGCAGCUCCUCCUCCGGGCCCUCCUCACCUGCCAGAGUCAGCACGACGCUGAGAUGAUGCCAUCACACAACCCUCCGGAGCUGCGACUCCUCGUGCACCCUGCGCUUCCAACUGAAGGGGGUCUUGACCGGCGCCCCCAGUAGCAAGCCCUGCGCGCAUGCUCAGUAGCUGCAGAGCGGCACCCUCACGGAGUCUCUUCUUCUGAUCCUGGUGUGAGACUGCCCUGGUAUUCACAUUUAGGGAAGCAUUCACGGUAUUGUCCAAUGUGCAAACAUUUGACCGUAGUUAGACCCAAAAGAAAGAAAUGCUCACUGUUCUUGAAUGAUGAAUUUCACUGCAGAAUUUCAGGUUAGUGACAAAUAGCUCAGUUUGAAAUCUACACUGAAUA